CUCUGUGAGACGAGGCUCGCAAUGCGUCCGCUGUCGGCUGGGAAAACCGGCUCUCAGUUCAUUUUGGAUGUGGGAGGCUACAAUGACUUUGAACACUACACGGCAAAGGAAGAUCUCGAUGCCUUGAACAGAAUACGGUUCCAUGGAAAGCCACGUGACUGCCAUCGACACUUGGACAUUGGGUGCGGACCGGGGACCUUCACGAAAGACUACCUCGUUCCCUCAUCCUUGCCCUGCAAGACGAUCCUGGCCAUCGACAAAUCGCCUUCGAUGAUCGACUUCGCGAAGAGAAACUCCGUGCACGACAGCGUAGAGUACGGUGUGUUCGACUUCGGUGGCAGUGACGUCGCGGAGCUGCUGAAUGCAUACGGCCACUUUGAUCGCAUCUAUUCGCUCCUGUGCUUCCAUUACGUCAAAGAUCAGCCCAAAGCCUACAGGGAUAUUGCGCAGCUGCUGACACCGAAUGGCGGAGAGUGUCUUGUGACGUCAGGGGUUGCCUGUGAGCCAGUGGAUGCUUGGCUCCACCUACACCUAAUGGAACGCUGGCGAGAUGUGAUUCCCGACCCAAGGUUAGUGUACUCAAAUCAAUUCAGGUUUGACUUCGACAAGAACAUAUCUGACGUCGAAUCGGAAAUGCGAUCAGUGGUCUCAGAAGCCGGGAUGACGUGCACUGAAUGCUCUGUUUAUGAAACACAAUGGCCGUUCCCUGAUGUCAAAAGCUGUGUCGAUGCAUUUUUUGAGGCGUUUGAAUUAUUCAAGAGCGUUCCACCCUCGGAUGUCGAUGACGCUAAGAAGGACUGGACGCGCAUCCUUGAUCACCGCUCAGGACAAGGGCCUGGAGCGUUCGCCAUGAAGACAACAUUGUACUGCGUUCAUGCUCAAUCGCCGGUCACAUGAAUGAGCUGUUCGUGGGGAACAACAUGAGCUGAAAAAUUGCAUUUCUUUAAGAAUGCUUACUUGCGGUUCUUUUCUUCGUUCCUUUCUCCAUCAUAGUACACUAUAAGGAUGCAUUAGAGAGUUACGAAACGUAUACGGAGCGAUAUAAUAAGAUGAGUAGCAGCUGUAUCCUACAAUUAAGAGAAAGAUAGAGCGGCGAGAACAAACCAAAUACCUCCAUCUGUUCGGCAAUCGUGUUUGUAUGCCAUGUCUUUGUCUAGAGAGAGAGAGACAAAAAUUGUAAUGAUAUGUGGAGAGACUAACACAUAGCGACAGGCCUAGCGUGUGACUCAAGGUGAAAUGGUGAGGGUUGAAAGAAUGUGAGUGAGAUAAAGCAACAACAAAGCACAGAGGCAGACACUAACAGAUACGCUAUCACUAAUUCACACGAAAGAUAUCUACAGAGUCUCAUUGAUCCCUGCGUUUGAGCUUUUCAUUUCAUUAAAACAACGCAAGAGUUAGGCGUGAGUUCUCAAAUGCUUCGAUAUGAUGAAGCAAAACGUUAACCUUUUUUUUUCGUUACGGAGGAAUUCUACAGGAGGGGCUGCGCGAAUUAGAAUUGUCAUAAUUGGAGUCGGAAUUAUUGGAAUUGAAAACCCUUUCCCAAACUCGUUGAUGAUGACGAU